AUGAAAGACACAUCGAUAGUCCUCCGUGUGGUGCUUGAAGGAAUUCUAGUGAUUGGACCUAAUCCUGUAAAGAUUGUUGAUUCUUCCGAGACUUUUUUGCAACUAUUCAACAGGGUCAUCAGAGAUUCUCGUCCGUAUAGCAUCGUGAAAAUUUUGGCACGUCAAAGUUCAUCGCACAAUUGGUAUCCGGUAAAAGAGCCUUUCUGGGAUUUCUUGCAGCAUCCUUAUUGGAGACCCGUAUUCACUGUAUGGAUUCAUCUCAUACAAACCGGUCGACGCGAAAUCUGUUUUACUAUCUCAAGAUCUAAAUCGGCGGACGAAAAUGAAGACGGUUCAAAGAAAGUCAUCGAAAACAUAUUGAAUCAAAAAUUUGUUUAUCUAGAAAACGCAAUGAACAAGAAGGGACCCUAUAUCAAGGUCAACAGUGUCGGGGGACAAAAAAGAGUUGCAAAAGAUUUGAGAAAGGAGAGACAGAAUAAGCGAAUCGGGUAUAGUGAGAGGAUGGGAUGUUCCAUAAAUCAAGCAGUAGUCAAAGAGAAUGAUGACGUGGAAAAGGUUCACCACAUAUGGUAUGGCGAUUUAAGACUCG